UUGUCUCGUAAAAGAAACCUACGUAAAAUCAACAAGUUGUCAUAUUGCUGCAACAUUAAAAGUUUCAAAAAUGUGGGUGUAAAUUUGUCCAUUUUUGAUAUAGCUCCUCACAAAAGAUGUUUGUCUUAAAUUUACCUGUGAUAAUCCUGCUUUCUCUUACAUUCCAUCCAAAUUUCGGAAUAGAAUGGGAGACUAUAGAUUUACCUGAAGAACAUUUGUCGUACUAUUUCAAUAAUUAUCCGCAACUCAUUGAACAAUGCUCUGACGACGAGAAAUGCCCUUAUAAGGAAUUCCUUGCCAGUUCAUCUUUUGAUCGAAAAGCAUGUUGGGGAUAUGAACCGAAUUGCAGAAGAGAAAACGCCAUUAAUAAAGUUCAAUGUUUAGGCGAUCAUACUGGAUUUGUCUCAUCGAAAGACACUCAAAUAGAUACUUUCUAUCAUCAAACAGAUUUUGGCUACAUUAAAGAUCAAAUAAAUGGUAUGCGCAUUAUGUGUGAGCCAAUAUUUCAUCCAGAUUCGAGUCUCGAAUGUAAUGAGUAUUUGCGUUUUUGUCGAGGCAGAAACUUGAUGUUGAAUUUGACGGAUCUGAUACAUCGGCAAGAUCCAUAUCGUUAUAAAAUAGACGUAUUAAAGGAAGGUCAAAUUGGAGGAUAUUGCGAAUUGUAUGAAAAACGUCUUCAGGGACAAGCUGAUCAUGUCAGUGCCUUGCAAUCGUGGGCGCCAGAGAUGAGAUUCUUCAAACGAACAACAAAAAGACCUUUGGAAGAAGAGGGUUUUUGUGAUGUUGUAGUCGAAAAGCCAACGUAUCUUAUGAAAAUUGAUGCUUCUAUUAAUAUGUAUCAUCAUUUUUGUGAUUUCUUUAAUCUUUAUGCAUCGCUUCAUAUGAAUAACACUCACAUUGAUGCAUGGAAGAAAGACUUUAAUAUCCUUAUAUGGGAGACAUUUACCUACGAAUCGCCAUUUGAAGAAACUUUCAAGGCGUUUACAUCAAACCCGAUUCUGGAUUUGAAACAUUUCAAAGGAAAAGUAGUUUGCUUUAAACAUUUAGUGAUGCCUCUUUUACCCCGAAUGAUUUUCGGACUGUAUUACAACACGCCAAUUAUUGCUGGUUGCGAGAAAAGUGCUCUUUUUCAAUCUUUUUCUGAAUUUAUUCUUCAUCGAAUGCGAAUUCCAUUUGAGCCCCCAAAAGUGCCCAAAAUACGUGUAACUUUCCUUUCGCGCAAAACAAAAUAUCGCAAUAUUUUGAAUGAACAAGACUUGUAUGAUGAAAUUAAAGACAAUCCAGAAUAUGAUGUUCGUCGUGUUAGUUAUGGGCCAAAUCUAACAUUUCACGAACAGCUAACCAUUACGAGAAAUUCAGAUGUCUUCAUUGGAAUGCAUGGCGCCGGUUUAACGCAUUUGUUAUUCCUGCCAAAUUGGGCGACAAUCUUUGAACUAUACCAUUGCGGUGAUCCGGGAUGCUAUCGCGAUUUGGCACGUUUGAGAGGCGUUCAUUAUUUGACAUGGGAGAAUGCUUCGACAAUUGAAGCAGAAGAUGAGGGACAUCAUCCCGAAGGCGGAGCUCAUCCAAAAUUUACAAACUAUUCUUUUGAUCCGAAAGAAUUUGCAAGGAUGGUAGCGAAGGCAGCACAGCAUGUCAAGGAACACGAAGAAUAUCAAAAAUACGUUGAAGAGACAAAUCAACUCGAUGAUAUAACAGAAGUUCAAAUUGAAACUCCCGUGAAAGACAUUCACGAUGAAUUAUAACAUCUAUUUUAUUACAAAAAAAAAAACGCUUUUAUAAUAUUAAUAAUGCUCAGUUUCUCAGUUUAAUAAAUUAAAAUAAUUUAUUUUUCUACGA